AAAACGGUUAAUUCGAGCCGGAAACGUCAGGCGGUUUUAGUGGAAAACCCGGAGUUUUGUGUUUUUUUCUCAGAAAAAUCGUGGAAAAAUGGCUGAUGUGGAGGAAAACGACAUCCAGGCAAGGCACAGGAAAGAGCGAAAGGAUUUACAGGCCAAGAUUCAGGAACUGAAGAAAACCUCGAAGAGUGACAAGAAGAAAAAGAAGGAGAGUCUGGAAGAGAUUGCAAGGCUGGAAAGUGAGCUGGAAAAGAGGCAUGCUGAGGAAUUAAAUGCUCUGAAUCGGGAGCGAAAAGAGUCCGAGUCGACUGUUGAGGGUGAUCAUGACCAUGAGGAAGGAUCAGACAAAAAGAAUCGCCAGUCCAAGGCUCAGAGGAGGCGAGAAAAGAAAGAGAAGGAGGAACGUGAUCGGGAGGCUAUGAUUCUCGCCGCUGAGGCUAUGAAUAUCAACACUGCCCGCCAGAAAGAGUAUCUGGCUAUUCUGCAACUUCUACAGGGCCGAAGCCUCACAAUGCACGAUAUCCCUUCAGACGGGAAUUGCCUUUACAACGCUGUUAAUCACCAACUGAACAUCACAGGCCGGAAAGUUUUCGACGUCUCCAGUCUCCGAAGUAUGACUGCCGAGUACAUCCUGGCCAACAAGGAUUCCCUGUUGAUGUACAUGACCAACCCUGAAACGAACAAUCCCCUCACAGAUGCAGAAUUUGAGAAAUACUGCGAUUCAGUGAAGAAUACAGCCGCCUGGGGUGGUCAGAUUGAGAUCAAAGCUCUCUCCCACACCCUCCAUGUACCCAUUGAGGUCAUCCAGGCCGAAGGACCACCCACAGUCCAGGGAGAAGAGGAAUUCAAGGGGCCCAAUCUCAUUCUCACCUACCACAGACACAUGUACAGCCUCGGAGAGCACUUCAACUCCACCAAAUCCGCUCCUGAACCCACCCCGGACAAUCUCGAGGACAACUAACUGCUAUCGUGAUGUUCUCAAGCAAUUUCGCAGUGAUUUUCUUAUUACAUUUUCUCAUCGACAUUACAACCACAGGAAUCACUUGGAAAAUACGUGAAAUAAGUUACUGGAGGGAUGAUGGUGCAUCUCCUCGUCUACUUCUGCUCCUCCUUGGUCUCUUCAGCAUUCUGCUGACCCUUGUUGGGAUCAUCUGGCUUCAUGGCCGGGAAGAAGAGAACCUCCUGGAAGGCAAACAAAAUAUCAAUAUCAACGAUUUGCUAAGAAUUCAAAGUUUACACGAAAAAAAUAUUUAAAAAAAAAGAUCCUAAAAAGAAUUUAUAAAAAAGGUUUUUGUUUUGAGAGUUUUUUCUUUUAAUAUUUUGUAAUAUUUUUUUUUCUCUGAAUCCUCAUGAAUAUGUAUCAAUAUGAAGAAGUAUUUAUUUGAAUAAAUAGACGCAGUUUUCUAAUUUAUCCACAAA